AAAAAUGAAAGAGAAAAAUGCAAAAAAACUUCAUAAAGCACAUUAAAAGUAAAAGUGGAAAAAAUAACGUGAAAAAUCUACACUCUCUACAAAAGCCAAAGUCAAUAAAUAAUUGAGUAAAAUAUAAUCAAAAGAUGUUUGUAUAUGCCAUGAGAUAAUAUACUACAAUUUUGUGAGCAAUGAAAUCGCGAAAAUUUAACUCUUUCCUUAAAUAGUUUAAAUUGAAGUUCAUUACCUACGAUUUAUAUCUAAGAGAAUAAGAAUAGCAGCAACAACAGCAGCAGCAUUAGCAGUGAGACAGUAACAAAAUGUGGAUACCAACCAACAACAAAUACGGUGUCGCGCUACACAAUUGGCAUGGCGAUGUUAAAUUUGGUCUUCCUCUGGACGUUGGUGAUUCCGUAGAAAUAUUAGAAGAAUGUCCAAAAUGGUUUCGUGGCACUUGCCCGCGGAAAUCCCGGGCUGUAGGCAUAUUUCCAAAAACUUAUAUACAUGUGAAAGAUUUAACGAAAAUUGACCCAGUUGUUGCUGAGUGUACACAAGUAUUACGGGAAUGGUCGGAAAUAUGGAAGAAAUUAUUCGUGGAUCGUGAAGCAUAUAAAUUUAAUACAUUACGUAAAGUAAUGCUUUCGAUAUUGGAGAGCAGACGCGAAUUACUGGGUGCAACGUUAACACAAGAUCAAACUUUAGAAUUACAAAUGACCGUCGUAUCGAAAAUUGAUUGGGGCAACAGAAAACUAGGUCUUGACUUGGUUCCACGUAUAGGAGCUUUAGCCGUUGAUCCGUACAGUAUUGGGAUAGUAGGACUAUAUAACGUUCAUGUAACUAGCGCAGAUAAUGCUAAAGCGUCAUCGAGUCGCGGUACUUUGCGUCGCAAAACUCAAAGAAAGAUCUUAACACAUCAUUUAUACUUUUGUAUGCGAGAAUUUGGUUAUCGUAUUGGUGGCGGUGAUGAUUCCGAAGUGUAUUUCUAUUUAUACGAUGCCAGUUCGGUACCAAUGAAACCAUUAUCGGAGCGCUUUCUGGUAAAAAUUUUCAAGGAUGGCUACUCGAAUUAUUUGGAGAAAUUGCACAGUAAUUGUACGGUAUUCACCGAUUUAGGUGCAGGCGAUUUAAAUGAAGAACUUUACUUAGUUGCUGUGGUUAUGCGCGUUGGUAAAAUAUUGCCAUCGGAUUCCGUAAAGAAAUCCGAGAAAUAUAAUAGCAAUCCGUGUUGUGCAAAUAUCGCUAAUUAUCGUCGACCGUACGGUGUUGGCGUAUUAUCACUGGCAGAUAUUUGUCAUUUUGAUAGCAGCGUUGAAACCGAGGAAAAAGAAUAUUCUUUGAAGAUUUACCAGACCGAAGAUAAAGACUUCCAUCAAUUACCGGAAUUGAUUAUUAAGAAAUCAAGCGGAAAAUUUCAAUUAAUUACUACUAGCAGUCAAAGUCAUCAAGGAAUUGUUGUAUCUUUGAAACUUUUACAUGGCGGUCUGGGGCAAGCACGUCAAGAGCAACCGCUGCUUUUUCAAGGCACAACUAUAACGCGAAAAAUGGGUUUUCCGGAUGUCAUAAUGCCGGGCGAUGUUCGCAAUGAUAUGUUCAUUACUCUGGAGCGUGGCGAAUUCGAAAGGGGUGGGAAAAAUACAGCCAAAAAUAUACUGGUCACCGUACUCGUUUUAGAUACAGCCGGUACGAUAUUAAGUGAUUGUUUAUGGGGUGCUUCUGGUAUGGAUACGCAACAUUGUUAUAAAUCGAUGAUUUUGUAUCAUCAAAAUUCGCCAUGUUGGAAUGAAAUGUUACGAUUAUCGGUGCCCAUUGAUAAAUUUUCGACAGCUCAUGUGCGCUUUGAAUUUCGACAUUGUUCUACGCGAGAAAAAUCGGAUCCAAAAUUGUUUGGCUUCAGUUUUGCGCGUUUAAUGGAUCCAAGCGGAGCAACACUGACUGACGGCCAGCACGAAUUAUAUGUAUAUAAAUGCGAAGAUCCUUCCAAAUUGUUAGCUACUAACUACCUCAAAUUGCAAAGUAAACCCAAGGAUCCGCAUGCCAAAAUUGAUUGUAGUUCGAUAUUUCAUCGCAGUUCCAAAGAAAUAUUUGUUAUACGUUCGCUAUUAUGCUCAACAAAAUUGACGCAAAAUGCCGAUCUAUUGUCUCUGCUGCAAUGGCGAGCCCAUCCUGAAAAGAUACAAGAUUCGCUGACUGGCGUAUUACGUUUAAAUGACGAAGAACUUGUUAAAUUCUUGCAAGAUGUACUCGAUGCUUUAUUUGCCAUGUUCUCCAACGAAGAAGGCAAUAGUACCCAACAUUCCGGCUUAGUAUUCCAUGUACUUGUCAGCAUAUUCAGUUUAUUGCAAAGUAAUAAAUUCCAACAUUUUCGUCCCGUCAUGAACGAGUACAUAGAGAAUCAUUUUGCUGCUGCCCUUGUCUAUAAAGGUUUAAUUACCUCUGUGGAACAUAUGGCUCUCUUUAUGACUAAAGCCGAGCAUCCAGAUCCAUUUCAGAAAUGUUUUGGUUCAUUAGAAUACAUUUUCAAAUUGUUGAUACAAUCGCGUAAAUUGUUUGCAAGAGCUACAGGCGGGCAAUACGAAGAUUCAUUUAGGCGAGAUUUGCAUUCUUUAUUCACAGCUUUAAACGGUAUGUUGGCAGUGCCGUCGUAUGAUGUGAUUAUACCCACGCAAGAAGCUUUAUUAAACUCAACUGGGGUUGUGCUGGAACAAUUAAAGGAUACUUUACCUGCUCCUGAAUUAGGGAUGUUAGCGCGCAAUAUGCUCGAUGCCAUACCCAGAGAUGCACCCAUACGUUUAGUGCAGGCGAAAUUACAAGCCGUUAAAGACUUGGUGUCUGGCGAACUUUUCCAUGAAGACGAUUCCCGCACUGUUAUAUUAUGCGUCGCCUGCAAGCAUUUACGUAUGCAUUUAAGCAGACGCGACGAACUAAAAUUAUGCGCUGAAAUUCUAUCAGAAAUUCUAAAUCACUUAUAUGAUUUGCAAAAGGAGCAAAGGGAGAAGGUCACCAAUACAUUACAGCAUGAUUUAGAUUCAUUGUGCAAAAAUAUCUUAGCAAUUUUAAUCAAAACUAUUAUUAUCAUAAUAGAAGGAUCGAAUUCAGUAUUACCGCAAUUAGUUGCAUGCUUAUUGGGUCUGCUGCAAUUAUUGGAUGAAACGCAUUACAAACGCUAUUGGGAUGAAUUGUCACCCAAUAAGGAUCCACGAGAUUUGAAAGAAUUUUUAGCGAAAUCGUUGUUGGUAUUUGAAGAGUUAUUAUCUCAAGAUUGGUUAGUUUUUCCCACCGAUUGGCUUAUAAUUAAGCUAGCGUGCAAUGAUGUUUUACGUAAGGCAUUAGAAGAGUUUGCUAAGCCAUUAGUUUAUCGGUUUUUGGGACCAAAAUCAUUCGACUCCCAGCUAUGGUGGUCAUAUUUCAGUUUGGCGGUUACCUUUCUUACGCAACCGUCACUGCAAUUGGAAAAAUAUAGAGAGCCAAAAAGGCGUAAGAUUUUGCAUUCGCAUGGCGAUAUGCGCGUUUUAAUGGGUUUUCAGAUACUCAGUAUGUGGUCGCAAUUGGGUGAGCAAAAAUUACAUUUUAUACCGUCAAUGGUGGGACCAUUUUUAGAAGUAACACUUGUGCCAGAGCCGGCCUUAAGAAAAGCUACUCUAACCGUAUUUUACGAUAUGAUGCAAUGCGAGCAGUGCGCACGUGGUUCUUUUCGCUUGGUGGAAAGUGAACUAAUCGAUAAAUUGGAUUUAUUAAUUAGUGAAAAUAAAGGCGAUGAUGAAUACAGAGAAUUAUUUAGCACAAUGGAACAUCUAAGCUUGGUACUCUUAGAGAAAGUGCAGACGGAAAACCCCAGCUGGAAAGAGGCUGGUACCGCUUUUAUAGGAUCAGUAACCAGAUUACUGGAACGAUUAUUGGACUAUCGUAGCGUUAUGCAAGGAGAAGAAAAUCGUGACAAACGGAUGUCUUGCACCGUAAAUUUAUUGAAUUUCUACAAAAAUGAAAUCAAUCGCAAGGAGAUGUAUUUAAGAUACAUUUAUAAAUUGCAUGAUCUACACUUACAAGCUGAAAAUUAUACGGAAGCCGGUUUCACUUUGAAGCUUUACGCUAAUAUGUUAAGUUGGGAUCGUGAAUCAUUAAUUUUUGCACCCAGUGAUAGCGGCGGCCAACCGGAAUGGCAACGCAAAGAGAGAUUAUAUCAUGAAAUUUUGAAAUAUUUUGACAAAGGAAAAUGCUGGGAGAAAGGCAUUCCGCUCUGCAAGGAAUUAGCCUUACUUUACGAAACUAAACGUUUCGAUUACAAUAAAUUAAGUGAUACUUUAAUAUUGCAAGCAAAAUUCUUUCAAAAUAUCUUGACGCAAUUAAGGCCCGAGCCUGAAUACUUUCGUGUAGGUUUCUACGGUCUAGGCUUUCCUUUAUUUGUUCGAAACAAGCAAUUCGUUUAUCGUGGUCUUGAAUACGAACGGAUUGGUGCUUUUACACAACGUUUACAAACGGAAUUUCCUACAGCUCAAAUUUUAACCAAUAACAGUCCACCCGAUCAUACAAUUUUAUCAGCCUGCGAGCAGUACAUACAAAUUAGCUAUGUACGUCCCGUAGCCGAUGCCCAAGCUUUAAAAACAGCCAUGGUACCGGUGCCAGAGAAAAUCGCCCGUUUUUACGAAGUCAACGAUGUCAGUCGCUUUAUUUAUGAUAGGCCAAUCUAUAAGGGCACAGUCGAUAAGGAUAAUGAAUUCAAAUCUAUGUGGAUUGAGCGUACCACUUUGGAUAUAGCUAAUCCGUUGCCGGGUAUACUGCGUUGGUUUGAAGUUAAACACAAGUCCGUGCAAGAGCUGACACCGGUUGAAUUCGCUUGCGAAACGAUGAACAAUGUAGCCAAAGAAUUAUGGGACCUUAUUGUGCAAUACCGCAACGAACCGAAACGCAAUAUCAAUCCAUUUUCGAUGCGACUGCAAGGUAUAAUCGAUGCCAACGUGAUGGGAGGCAUUAGUAAAUAUCAAGAAGCUUUCUUCUCAGAGCAAUUUUUGAAAUCACCUCAAGGCCAGGGUCAGCAGGCUAACGUCCAGAAGCUCAAAAGCUUAAUCUUGGAACAAAUUCAAAUUUUAGAUCAAGCUUUAGAAUUGCAUGGUCAAUUGGCACCAGCUGGUGUGCAGCCAUUACAUAAUCGUCUCUUAGAGAGAUUUUCUCAAUUAAAGCAAAGUCUUUCAGGUUUGGGAAGAUUGAAAAGGCAGCAUUCGGAAAGCAUUGUAAAUACACCGUUGCCGCCGUUACCUACUGAGAAACGAACUCUGAGUUUAGGUACUAAUAGUGGCCCUACGUCUUUAAUAUCUGCUUCCAAUUAUUACGAACACGAUGAGAUCUACACCAGGCCAGGAGAAACAUUGAGACCUGUAGAAGCUUCUAAUCUUUCUCUCAACUCCUUUUCCUACAAUUCAUAUCAAACCUUAAGUAAAGAGUCUCUUCACAAUAAUAAUGAAUUUGGUAGAGAUUUGCAAUUUUCACAGUCGCAAAAUGUUCCUCCUCCUGUGCCCAGCCGACCGAGGUCCCAGAAUUUCAGCGUCAAUACGUUGGUCGAUAGUCCAGAAGUACCACCAAAACGUAUUUUAAAUCCGCCGUCUUCUCCUGGUGCUCCACCCCUACCUCCCAGGGGUAUAACGCCAGAUAAACGGGCUUCUAAUCCUAUGGUAUUCAACGACUUUACCCAAGAACCUGUAGGCUCAACUAUGCCGCGACGGCCUCAUUCCAUUUCGCAGCAACAUAAUCAAAAAUAUGCUGUUGUAGACAUAAGUUUUGAUGAUCCUGAAGCUGAUCAAGCUCCCCAUUCACUUACGCACUCGCUUAACGAUGGCCAUUUAAAGCUCCCACCUGCUCCGAACGAAUUUCGAGACUCGGGGAUUUCCACCACAAGUGCCCAGGAGUUGAAUCAAUUAAAUAAUUUGACUGAAGAUCCAACUGCAAUAAAUUUAUCUCUUCAACAUCGGGAUCAUUGUCGCAUAUCAACAAAUGGAAAUAUGGACGCAGGUCAUACUAGCAAUCUCAAUAUGAAUCAUAGGGAGAACUCUUCUAGUUCCUUUGAUCUAGAGGAACUGCCAAUGCCACCUCCACCAAUACCACCUAAAUCUCUAAAUAUUAUAGCUGCCCAUGAGGCGGUUGUAGAAGGCCCACAAUCGCCUGCCAUUCAACAACUUUCAACACAUUCCAAUCAGACUCAUAUGCAUAAUCAUCAUCAUCAUCAUGCCCAUAAUCAUAUCAAUUUCUCAAAUCAUGUACCACAACAACAACAACAACAACAACAACAACCACAACAGCAACAACAACAACAACAACAGCAUCAACAAAACCAAACGAACGGCCAUAUUGAUGGCUACGUCUCACCAAAGGCCGUAAAUCAUACGUUAACUAAUAAUGCUAAUAGUGCUGUAGCUGCUGGUGGUGUUGAUAAGAAUGAAUCUCUUGGUGAAGCUGGCAGCACUUUUUGAGUUGCAAUAUGUCGCUGCCACAAAUCACCAUACACAUUUAAUAAAAACGCUUCAACGUCUACCGAAACAUCUACAUCACCUAUAACAACUUCACCAU